AUGAAAAAAAGUACUAAUUGGGAUCUUUUGAGGGGUAGCCUGUGCUACCCCAGGCUCCAACAUAGCUCCACCAAUACUCUAAUUGAGAUGGCAUGUUGCCUAAUAAAGGCGAAAGAUAUUUCAAACCACUUUUGGGGCGAAACGAUACGACAUGCAACGUUCAUCACAAAUCGUACACCUACUCGAGCACUGAUAGGUGCUAUACCAUUUGAGAAAUUUUCUGAUGGAAAUGGAUCGGGUACAUUUACGGUCUUGUGGAGUAAUGAUCAAGCAACCCAAUACAAUGGUAAUUCAGGCCUAACAACAAUAGAAAUCGAACAGAUUAAAGAUCCGACCCAAACCAACCAAAACGAUGACACUUCUCACGAUGAUAGCAACCAAUCGCAACCCGUUGAUGAUCAUAAUGAAAGUUCUGUCCCACCCCGCCGAUCUACUCGAACUUCAGUGUUGUCAAGGAGAUUAAAUGAUUACAAGAUAGAAGUGGAUCAUUUAAUGUUAACAUUUGAUGAAGAACCGAAGAAUUAUAAGGAAGCCAAAAUGAACAAUAAUUGGCUCGAUGCAAUGAAGACCUUACUUGAGAUGCGGUUCGCAGAGAUGAGAGCAUUGUUUGGGGUGCAAGAAUUACCCUCGACUCAGAAAUUUAGGGGGGUGAUUGUUGGCGAACUUCUAAGAACCGGGUGCGGCUGUAAGGCGUGUCUUGAUCUAGAAGGCAAUGACUUGGAAUGGUAUCCAAACUCUUAUGCUCGGAGCUCCUUCUACGUGAGCUUAGUUUCUCAAAGAUUCUGUUUGUCCCCUGAUGCGAUUGGCUGCAUCAUGGCAACAAAAGGGAAUUCAGGAGAAAAUAGGGCUAGAAGUUCCAUAACCAUAUUCAUAGUUGUUGGUUUAUGUUGUUUCUUCUACCUAUUGGGAGCAUGGCAAAGGAGUGGAUAUGGAAAAGGAGACAGCAUAGCUUUAGAGAUGACCAAAACUGGUGCAGAUUGCAGCAUUCUCCCAAAUCUAAACUUUGAAACACAUCACAGUGGCGAUUCUGUAAUUGUUGAUAACCCACAAACCAAAGUCAAAGAAUUUAAACCAUGCAGUCCUAAAUAUACCGAUUAUACCCCUUGUCAUGACCAAAAGCGAGCCAUGACAUUCCCUAGACAUGAUAUGAUUUAUAGAGAAAGACAUUGUCCCCCUCAAGAACAAAAGUUGAAGUGUCUGAUUCCAGCUCCAAAAGGCUAUGUGACACCAUUUUCAUGGCCUAAAAGUCGUGAUUAUGUUCCUUUUGCAAAUGCACCUUAUAAAGCAUUGACUGUUGAGAAGGCUAUUCAAAAUUGGAUUCAGUAUGAGGGCAAUGUGUUUAGGUUUCCAGGUGGUGGGACCCAGUUUCCUCAAGGGGCAGAUGCGUACAUUGAUCAACUUGCUUCUGUAAUCCCAAUUGAUAAUGGAACUGUGAGGACUGCUUUGGAUACUGGUUGUGGGGUUGCAAGCUGGGGGGCAUACCUUUGGAAGAGAAAUGUUGUAACAAUGUCAUUUGCCCCUAGAGAUAAUCAUGAAGCACAAGUUCAGUUUGCUCUUGAAAGAGGAGUACCUGCCAUUGUUGGUGUUCUUGGCUCAAUCAAAAUGCCAUUUCCAUCUAAAGCUUUUGACAUGGCCCACUGCUCUAGGUGCUUGAUUCCAUGGGGAUCAAAUGAUGGAAAAUACAUGAUGGAAGUUGAUAGAGUUUUAAGACCAGGUGGAUUUUGGGUGCUUUCGGGUCCUCCAAUUAAUUGGAGAAAUAAUUACAAAUCAUGGCAACGUCCAAAAGAGGAUCUUGAAGAAGAACAAAGGAAUAUUGAAGAGGUUGCUAAGCUUCUUUGUUGGGACAAAAUAUCUGAGAGUGGCGAAACCGUAAUUUUCCAAAAAAAACUAAAUCCCGAAUCAUGUCGUGGGUCAGAAGAUACCCCUGGAGUUACAUACUGCUCCCAAGAUCCCGAUGAUGUCUGGUACAAGAAAAUGGAGACAUGUGUGACUCCUUCCAAUUCCAACACCGGAAUGGAAUACAAACCGUUCCCGGAACGGCUUUAUGCAACCCCACCACGAAUUGCAUCUGGUUCCAUUCCGGUUUCUGAAGACAAAUACAUUGAAGACAACAAACAAUGGAAGAAACAUGUAAAUGCUUACAAAAAAAUCAAUAGAAUCAUUGAUUCCGGAAGGUACCGGAAUAUCAUGGACAUGAAUGCUGGUUUUGGAGGUUUUGCUGCUGCUAUCACUUCUCAAAAGUUAUGGGUUAUGAAUGUGGUCCCCACUUUGGCCCAAAAUACCCUUGGAGUUAUAUAUGAACGUGGACUCAUUGGCAUCUAUCAUGAUUGGUGUGAAGCUUUUUCUACAUAUCCACGAACGUAUGAUCUCAUUCAUGCGAAUGGUUUAUUUAGUUUAUACAAGGACAAAUGUGAUUUUGAAGACAUACUUUUAGAAAUGGACCGAAUAUUACGCCCCGAAGGUGCAGUUAUAAUUCGUGAUGAAGUGGAUGUUCUUAUGAAGGCUAAAAGUAUAAUUGGUGGUAUGAGAUGGGACACAAAAGUGAUGGACCAUGAAGACGGGCCCUUGGUCCCCGAGAAAAUUUUAGUUGCGGUCAAACGAUAUUGGGUGGUUGGGUCAAACUCCACAUCCUCACGUUGAUUGCGAAAAGUGGUAAUCAAUCAAAGUUUUCAUCAUCUUUAGUAGAUUAAUCUAUGUUAUUUAGUUGUUUAGUUAUCAUUAGGGGUAUGAGUUAUCAUUUUCUUUUAUUAUGUUUGUUGUAAUGUAAAACGAUUGAAAGCUUUUUAAGUUAAUGGUGAGAAAUGUUUUGUUGCGAGUUCCCAUCUUUUGUUUCUUUUUAAUGUUUUUUGAUUGUGAUUGUAGUUGAAAGAUCUACCAUUUACAUGAUUGUUGUCUCAUUUAAGGUUUACGGUUUAGGGUUUAUAGUGUUAUUGCACAAAGGUUCUAGCUCAUGUCCUUGUGUUAUUUUUACAGUAACCACUGAGCUCACACACAUAGCCUACACGAGCAUCAUUGUGUCCCGUUUUAGUGAUUUUUGAUUGUAGGUGUAGUUAAAAGAAAUAUGAUCUACAUAAUUGGUGUAAGGUUUAGG